AUUGAAUUGUCAUAACUUGUAACAGUGUCAAAUUUUCAGUACAAUUUUUCUGGACUUUUUUUUAAAUUACAAUGUCUUGCAAUCGAAAGAUAAACGAACACAAUGCUAACAUAAAAAGCAUCUGGGCGAGGAGUAUAUUCGAUUCGAGAGGCAACCCGACCGUCGAGGUCGACCUCAAGACCAACUUGGGUACUUUCCGGGCGGCCGUACCCUCAGGCGCUAGUACCGGAGUACACGAAGCCUUGGAACUAAGAGACGAAUUAAAAGAUCAGUACCAUGGAAAAAGCGUCUACAAAGCCGUGUACAACAUCAACAGCAUCAUAGCUCCCGCUAUGCUCAGAGAAGAUUUGGACGUUUGCGAUCAAGAGAAAGUCGACAAAUUCAUGAUAAACCUCGACGGAACGGAGAACAAAAACAAACUGGGCGCUAAUGCUAUACUGGGCGUUUCGCUAGCAGCGUGCAAAGCGGGCGCAGCCAAAAGAGGACUGCCGCUGUACAGGCACAUCGCCUCUCUAGCCGAUACCCCGUCAAUAAUACUCCCCGUGCCGGCUUUCAACGUCAUCAACGGCGGCUCCCACGCCGGCAACAAACUGGCCAUGCAGGAGUUCAUGAUCCUGCCGACGGGCGCGAGAAGCUUCACCGAAGCCAUGAAGAUGGGCAGCGAGACCUACCACUAUUUGAAGAAAGUCAUCCACCAGAACUUCGGCUUGGACGCCACCGCCGUCGGCGACGAGGGCGGAUUCGCGCCCAACAUUCCGAAUCCCGAAGAGGCGUUGGACUUGAUCAACACUGCCAUCGCCAAGGCCGGUUACACCGGUCGCAUCGAAAUCGGCAUGGACGUGGCCGCUUCGGAGUUCUUCAAGGACGGUCUGUACGAUCUCGAUUUUAAAAAUCCGCGAUCAGAUAAAUCCAAAUGGCUGAAAGACACCGCCUUGUACGCCAUUUAUCAAGGGUACAUCAAGAAGUUCCCUAUCGUUUCAAUCGAGGAUCCUUUCGAUCAGGACGACUUCGAGGCGUGGACUAACAUAACGGCGAACGUGAGCAUUCAAAUCGUCGGCGACGAUCUCACCGUUACUAACCCGAAGAGAAUCGAAAUGGCCGCCAACAGGAAGUCCUGCAACUGCUUAUUGCUGAAGGUCAACCAAAUUGGAACUAUAACGGAAUCGAUCAAAGCCCAUCAGUUGGCAAAGAAGUACGGUUGGGGCACCAUGGUGUCCCAUCGAUCCGGAGAAACCGAGGAUACGUUUAUUGCCGAUUUGGUGGUUGGAUUGUCCACUGGACAGAUCAAGACCGGAGCUCCCUGCAGAUCGGAGAGAUUGUGCAAAUACAAUCAGAUUCUACGUAUCGAGGAGGAAUUGUGUUCGGAUGCUAGGUAUGCAGGAAAGAAAUUCAGACGCCCUAUAUAAUUUCAAAAUGUUUUUGUAAUAUCAUGAUGUGAAUAUUAAUGUUUGAUUAACUGAG